UGAUUAGGUCUCUAUCCUAUAAGAAUUUCCUCUUCUUCAAUAUUCCCUUUUUUCUUCUAUCUUUUCACACAAUCCCUUUUCCUAGAUUGUCGUAUGGAAACUUGAAAAACACCAAGAUUCUUCCAUCAAUAUGACUAAAGGGAGUGUGGGAGAUAAUAUUGUUCUAUCCAAUAUGAAUGUGAGUAAUGGUGAUAAGAUGGUGGCACCAAACUCAAAUGGGAAUUUAAAGGGCAAGAACAGUUUGGAGAGUGAGCUUGAGUCGAUACUUCUAAGGCAGCAGCAACAGCAACAUAAUCGCGAUUUAGUUGGUGAACGCGCAAGGGAUUUGAAUAUAUCAAGGAGUGGUAGUGCUCCUCCUACUGUCGAAGGAUCGUUGAGUGCUGUCGGAAGUUUGUUUAGGAAUUCCAAUCUAGCACAAUCUAAUAAUGGUAAUAACAACAACAGUGGUGGUGGUGGUAAUUCUAGCAGUGAUGUUUUGACAGAAGAACAAAUUAGAUCACACCCCGCGUACUUAGCGUACUAUUACUCAAAUGUCAAUCUUAAUCCGAGAUUGCCCCCACCGUUGUUGUCUCGAGAGGAUUGGAGAAUUGCUCAGAGAGUUCAGGCAGGAGGAUGUGGAUUUAUGAACAAGAAUUUGAUGGAACAAGGUGGCGGUUCAUCCUUGUUCGCCAUGCAGCCCGGUUUCCCUAUACAGAGGGCAGAAGAUGAAUUGAUAAAGCUGAGGAAAACUGCUGCGAGGAAUCUUUCACGAGGAACAUUGGAAUCGAGCACUGGAAUUGGCGGAAGGAAAAAGAGUUUCGCGGACAUAGUUCAGGAAGGACUUGACCAACCUAGACGCUCAUCUGCUGAUCUUUCACACCCCAAAAGCACAGAACACACAAAGGCAUCACAUACUGGAAAUGCUCCCCCCGGCUUUUCAAGAUCACCUAGUCCCCGGCUUUCAAUUGACAUAACGGGGUCCAAAGGUCUCAAUGGUGUUUCCUCCGGGAUGACUGACAUAUCUGAUCUUACUAAAUCUUUAUCUCGCCUUCACUAUGAUGAUAAUAUGCAGCAGCAGCCUUGGCUUCAAAAUAGUGUAUCAAAUGGUUAUAGGCAGGGCGUGCAACAACAAUUAAUUGAAUACUAUGGAGCUGAAAACUUAGGUACUGCUCCCGGAUUUGCUGACCAUAAUUCUACCUUCUACCUUGAUGGACAUACGGAUUUCCGAAGGCGUCCUGAGUUUGUGAGUAAAAAAUCUGAAGUCCAGCACCAGGUCAAUAAUUAUCAUACUGUUGAUACUACCGGAUAUUUACCUGGUGGACACAAACAUAAUCAGAAUCUGAACAUGGUGUUGAAUAACAAUCUUGGUUCUCAUCUAAAUGGUGUCAGUGGGAAUGGACGCCUACACCCAACUUCUGGUAACCCGAAAUAUGCAACUGUUCUCCCAGACAAUUCUUCUAAAGGAAGAAAUUUGAUUGGAACUUCUCAUGGAAAUACAGACUUAAAAGUUCUAGGAACAAUGUAUGUUGAGGCACCGCCCCUGCAACAGAACCAACAAUAUUGCUCAUCCUUUAUACGUAAUCCUUGUAGUUUAACGGAUCGGUAUCAUGUGACUCAUGUGCUUGGCUCAGGCCAAGAGAAAAAAAUAGCAAAUUCAUUGCAUGUGACAGUAGGAUCCAGAAGUCCUUUGAGAGAUUCUACCGAUGAAUCUACAAGUUCAUGGCAUUUGGAGAACGGCGCUGAUGGAAGUGUUGCACCAUCUCUGCUGGAAGAUCUCAAGAACAACCCAAGGUCUUUGGGCCUUUUGGAUGUUCUCAAUCAUGUUGUAGAAUUCAGUAAGGAUCAGUAUGGAAGUCGAUUUAUUCAAAAGAAGCUGGAAACUGCCACUGUUGAAGAAAAGAUGAAGAUAUUCCGAGAAAUUCUUCCUCAUGCUCACAGUUUAAUGACCGAUGUCUUUGGAAAUUAUGUCAUACAAAAGUUCCUUGAGCAUGGGACGGAGAGCCAAAGAAAAGAACUCGCAAGGCAACUUAUCGGUCAUGUUCUGCCUCUGAGUCUUCAAAUGUAUGGUUGCAGAGUUAUUCAGAAGGCUUUGGAGGUCUUUGAUGUGGAACUGCAGAAGCAAAUGGCUACAGAACUAGAUGGCUAUGUGAUGAAAUGUGUUCGUGAUCAGAACGGUAAUCAUGUCAUUCAGAAGUGCAUAGAAUAUGUACCUCAAGAUCGAAUUUACUUUAUUGUAGCUUCCUUCUUCGGGCAUGUUGUGUCUCUAUCAACACAUCCUUAUGGCUGCCGUGUCAUUCAGAGAGUCCUUGAGUACUGCAACAACCCGGAGACACAAAAGAUCAUCAUGGAUGAAAUAAUGCAGGCUGUGGGUACUCUAGUGCUGGAUCAGUAUGGAAACUAUGUCAUUCAGCAUGUACUCCAACAUGGUAAACCACAUGAGAGGUCUGAUAUAAUACACAAGCUUACUGGACAAAUUGUGAAGAUGAGUCAGCACAAGUACGCUUCUAAUGUCGUUGAGAAGUGCUUGAUUUUUGCAACUCCAGAGCAGCGUCAAAUUCUGGUUAAUGAGAUGCUUGGUUCGACAGAAGAAAAUGAACCUCUACAGGCUAUGAUGAAGGAUCCCUUUGGAAACUAUGUAGUGCAAAAGGUUCUCGAGACAUGUGAUGAUCAGAGCCGUGAACUCAUUCUUUCUCGCAUUAGGAUACAUCUUACUGCCCUCAAGAAAUUCACUUAUGGAAAACACAUUGUAUCUCGUGUUGAAAAGCUCAUCGCUACAGGAGAGAAACACGUGGCUUUAUCGUUGAAUUCUUCUCGAGGCAAUCCAGUUUUGAAGAACUGAAGACAUUCUUUUUGUACAGCUGAUAAAUAAUUGUAAAUAAGCAGCAAUCCAGUUUUGCUUCUGCCUAAAUAAGUCUUUUAAUUUCCUUUCUUGAAAUGUAAAUGGAAACCUGUAAUUAUUUUUCACUAUGAGCUGCUAGGGUAGAGAAAUGAGGCAACUUCUUAUAUACAUGUUUUUUUUGAACUACUGUAAAUAAGCUGAUACUUCUCAAGCAUAAGAAUUUGAGGAUAUUUUACAUAUGAUUUUUUGUAUAAUCAUCUGGUACACGGAAUUCAUUGGCCUGACUAAUCAAGAUUCGCACCUCAUAAGGCCUUUUGACGGAGAAGCACGUCGUACCAGAGAUUUCUCAUUCUUAGGGCUCGAACUUGAGAUCUCUAGUCAAGUGUGGAGAGAUUUUAUCCAUCCCACCACAUUUCUUGGUGGUUACAUAUGAAAAAUGUCGCUCACCUUUUUUAAU